AUGGCUUCUUCAAUGGCCAUUAUACCCACCCUGCUCUUCCUUUCCCUCACUCUGUCACAUGCUACGGACACGCCCAUCGUGAAAUACUCAGAAAAAGAGGUGAUGGGGAUGUACGAGGAGUGGUUGGUGAAGCAGCAAAAGGUGUACAAUGGGUUGGGAGAGAAGGAGAAGAGGUUUGAAGUGUUCAAGGACAACUUGGGAUUCAUACAAGAGCACAACGCUCAGAACAACACAUACACGCUUGGGUUGAACAAGUUUGCUGAUAUCACCAAUGAGGAAUACCGUGCCAUGUAUUUGGGCACCAAAUCUGAUGCCAAACGUAGGCUCAUGAAAACCAAGAGCACCGGUCACCGGUAUGCCUACAACUCCCGUGACCGGUUGCCGGUGCAUGUGGAUUGGAGGUCCAAAGGCGUUGUUGCUCCGAUCAAAGAUCAGGGAAGUUGUGGAAGUUGUUGGGCCUUCUCAACAGUAGCCAGUGUGGAAGCUAUAAAUAAGAUAGUGACAGGGAAGUUUGUGUCCCUAUCAGAACAAGAACUUGUGGACUGUGACAGAACCUACAAUGAUGGAUGCAAUGGUGGCCUCAUGGACUACGCAUUCCAGUUCAUCAUUGAAAAUGGUGGCAUAGACACAGACGAAGAUUAUCCAUAUCAGGGUUAUGACGGCACUUGUGAUCCAACUAAGGUCACUAAAAACGCCAAGGUAGUCCAAAUUGAUGCUUUCGAGGAUGUUCCAGCAUAUAACGAGAAUGCCUUAAAGAAAGCUGUUGCUCAUCAACCUGUCAGCGUUGCUAUUGAAGCCUCUGGCAGGGCUUUGCAACUUUAUCAAUCUGGUGUGUUUACUGGUAAAUGUGGAACAAGCUUAGAUCAUGGUGUGGUGGUUGUUGGAUAUGGGUCUGAAAAUGGUGUGGAUUACUGGCUGGUGAGGAAUUCGUGGGGCACUGGAUGGGGUGAGGAUGGCUAUUUCAAGAUGGAGCGGAACUUGAGAAGCACCUCCAGAGGCAAGUGUGGAAUUGCAAUGGAGGCUUCCUACCCUGUUAAGAAUGGCCUAAGCUCUGUUGUUCCUAGUUCAGUUUAUGAAAGCACUGUGGCGUCUGUUAGCAGUGCCUGA